AUGGGUAUUGAGCAUUUUAUUUGGAGUGAAGAGGUGGAGUCAGCCGACCCCAUGAUAAUGGAAGAACAACGGGAGACUAGGAGAGACUCCGUCAACUCCAUCGAGCCCGAGGUAAAGACUCCACAAACACCGGAGACUAAAUCCUCGGUGGACGAGGAAGACGGAGCUUUAAAGGACUUGCUCCGGGUCGAUGAACAAUAUUAUCCCUUAUUGGCCUUGUUGGAACAAUUUUCCCCUGAAGACGACGGCAUCCAAUUCAACAUAAAGUUGAAACAGUUUGAGACUACAAUGUCAUCCAUGUGUCCGGACGACUCGCGUGUGCAACAAGCAUUCGCGACGUUCCGCGCGGCGGCCCUGCGGUGCCCGGUGAUGGCGCGUAAGCUGGCCGCAGUGGGUGUUUCGUUCACUCGCCAGCAGAACAAGCCACUGCUUCGUAGAACCCUCCUUAAUGUCGUCAUGCAGGACACUUUCUCCAAACUGGACGUGCUACAGCGCUCAAAUCCGCUGUUCCUCGUCAACGCUGCGAAUCUGAUGGGGGAUUACUUCGCCAACGCUCGCCUCAGUAACGGCGACAAGCUGCACUUUCUAGCUGAGCCACUACUGCAAUACUUGCGUGCUUUACUCGCCGCCCAUGAUACACGUGCACAUCACACUCUCGCUACACAAUUAAUGCAAAACGGUCGCGAGCUACUCUCCGUAGUAGCUCAAGAGAUGGACGAGCUCUCGGUCUCGAUCCGUCUCCGUCUGCUCUCGUCCCCACCAGUCAGCACAACGUGGCUACUACUCUCCGCAGACCUUUGCCUCAACAAGUUUCUUCCCCUACCGACUACGCUGCAACAGUUUUACGCCGCUCAUCUGGUAACAACCACGGAAGAAAACAUGAGUGAAGCCAAUUUCAGACCUUGGAGGAAAAGCCCCGAGAAGAAUGAAAAGAGACCAGAUGCUGCGACGCUUGCAGAAGUCAGACAAAGUAUAUCUCAGAUUAGACUGCGUAAUAAUGAGGACACGAAACCUAAGAAACAGCUACUCUCAGUUAGCCAAGAUACAAGGACAAGUAAUAUUAACUUAAGAAAAAGGUUGGACCUUAACUCUUGGCGGCAAACAGAAGCGAUGAGAACAGAGGCUAAUGACUACCCCGAAAGAAAUGUGUCUCAGUCCCCAGAAAAGCCCGCAGAAAGAGUCGCAGACAGUACAGUUGACCAAAAUGUAUCUCAGAGUAGUCUCAAUAAUAAAGAGAAUACGAAACCUAAAUUAUCGCCAAAAUUAGGCCCUGGAGCUAGAUUAUUGAGACAUAAAGCUGUCUCAGAGGAACCAAUACCAGUCAGCCAAGACACAUGGUCAGGACCCGACUCCCGCCCGCCGCACAUAAGUGGGAGAUCGCGAAGGGGGAAGAUUAAUGCAAAGAAAGAAGGAACAACAGCCAAGGCGACCCCAAGACGCCAUGUCGCCGAAGUACCGCGCAGCGCCAAAUACUGGGGCCACGACGACCGAUGUGACAAAGAUUAUAAUAGUUAG